CUAGAAACGAGCCCCGAAAGUUUUGGUGACGCAGGCGGACGAGAUCCUCGACGUUUUGGCUUCAAAACUGGGGUUAUAAUUAAAAAUUAUCAUAUGUUUACCUCGCUGAACGUUGUUUGACGAGCUCGUUUUAAGCGGAAUGUGCUUUUCUUGGGCUCCUCCGGCAAACGAACGAGCUGCCGUCUUCUCUUCAUAACAACUUACUUUGACGUGAAACGGUUAGUUAGCCGAAAGCUAAGUUACGGCUUCGACCGCCGGCUCAGCUCAGUGGAAACCCCUCAGAGGAAAAAAGUGUUUCGCUUGUUGUUUCUGCGGGAUUUAACUCGCCUAAUCGAUACGGGACUGAAGCAAUGACGGGCAGGGAAGAAGAGUACGACUAUCUCUUCAAAGUGGUUCUGAUUGGAGACUCUGGCGUCGGGAAGAGCAACCUGCUGUCCCGUUUCACGCGCAAUGAGUUCAACCUGGAGAGCAAGAGCACCAUUGGCGUGGAGUUCGCCACUCGCAGCAUCCUGGUGGAGGGCAAGACCGUCAAAGCUCAGAUUUGGGACACAGCAGGCCAAGAGAGAUAUCGAGCCAUCACCUCAGCAUACUACCGUGGUGCUGUGGGUGCUCUCCUGGUGUAUGACAUUGCGAAGCAUUUGACGUAUGAGAACGCAGAGCGUUGGCUGAAGGAGCUGCAGGACCAUGCCGACAGCAACAUCGUCAUCAUGCUGGUGGGCAAUAAAAGCGACCUGCGGCACCUGAGGGCUGUGCCUACAGAUGAGGCCAAGGCAUUCGCAGAGAAGCAUGGACUUUCUUUUCUCGAGACGUCUGCUUUGGACUCCUCUAAUGUAGAGCUUGCCUUCCAGACCAUUCUCACAGCAAUCUAUCGCAUUGUUUCUCAGAGGCAAAUCUCAGGGCGUGGUGAUGCCGAUUUCUCACCCAACUCCAACGUAGUGCCCAUCACGGUGCAGCCCACUCAGAGCUCUGCCAAGCAAACCGUCUGCUGCCAGAACAACUGAGCAGCCACCACAGCACUACAGGAUCAUGGGAAAAACCGACAUCAGGCUGGCCAUGGGCUGCGAGACAGGAGUUGCGCAUGUCCAGCUCUGCUUAGUUUGUGGUGUCACUUACUAUGCAGCCUGUCGUUAUCAAAUGUAACAAGCUUUAUCGGUUAUGCCCUAAUUUAUAAGCUUUAAUAUAGGACGAGAAGAGAGAGGAUUUUUUUAAAUAUUAUAUAUAUAUAUAUAUAUAUAGACUGGACUGGACUGAUGAAUCAUUCUUUAUAUUUUCUCACUAGGUAGAGAUGGUACUGGAAGACCAUAUUUUUAUGCACUUUUGUCAAAAGAAGACAAACUGGUAACAAACAGAAUGCUGGAAGAACUUUAUCACCGAAUAGUGCGUAGAUUGUACAACAGUAGUCAAGAAGCCUGUGUGGUAUAUAUUUUUAGAUGGGAGGAGGCUUUUAUUAACCACUACACCUUUAGUCUAACUUCUAAUGCAGCCUUGAACAAGGGAAACACAAGCUCAUCUCAGUAUGUCUCGUACCGUCUAUUCAUCAGGCCUGGCUCAAGGGGUGGAGCAACCUCUGAGAUUAUAUUGUUGAGAUUCAAUUCUGAGAGACUAGAUUUUUAUUAUUGCAACGGACCUGUUUUCUCAUGGUGGUGUUAACUUGUUAUUCUGCCUAUAUUAAGUCUUUUAUUUAUGGGUUCAUUAAUUGAGAGUGAAUCUCUUCACUUCCUUUAAGUGGCAUUCUGUAUUUGGGGCGCCCGGAGUAAAAAGUAAAGCGGCUUACUCUGAUGAGGACCUGAAA